AUGGAGGCUAUGCUUAAAGCGCAGCAUAAAUAUGUAAAACGUCCACCUCGCAAGGCGUACGGCCGCCUCAGCGCUGAUUCUGAUGACGCCAGUUCACAGCACAAACACAAAAUCGAUGAUCCUUUCGAAGAUUACGAUAACUUCAAAAUAAUAACAUCAGAUAGCAGUUGUAGCCACAACAAUGUAAAUGGCAACAUGAAUGGUAAUGGCAGUGCCACAUGUUCACAUGGUCAGGCCGACGACAGAGAUAGGGUAGGAUGUGGGGGUGAUGGUGGUAGUGUAGCUGCUCUUGAUGCCAAAAUGAUUUCCUGCACAGUGCCCGAUUGUCAGGGAAAUUUCGUAAAUGGUGGCGUGGUGUGUGAUUUAGAUGUUAUGACGGGACUAUGCAGAGGUGAUGUUGGUGUGGUUUCUGCUGCCUCUAAAUCGAAUUCAUCGGCGACGCAAAGGCAAAAAGUAGUCAACGAGAAUACUAUUAACCGCUUGCAGGCGAUGGCGAUGUCAGAUGAUGAUGAUUAUGAUGAAUCUCUGACAUGCAAUGUUUGUGAUAGAGCUUUCCAUUGUCAUAGGCAAUUGGCAUCGCAUCAGCAGAAAAAGCGUCAUUUCGGAGCUAGUUCGGGAAUUGAGGGUUAA